UCCACAGAACUGAGCUCGCGACGCGCCGUGUCGUCACAGAGGGGAACGUGCGGCUGGACAUGUCCCACCGGCCUACUUAAAACGGCACGCGCGCCGCGAGCUUCUCAGUCCUCGCGGCGAUAUUAUUGGACGAGGUAGAGAGAAGCGCCGGGCGGAAGACGCAGAAAUUCGCUGUUCUGUUGUUGCAGUAGCAGCAUCGCGAGGACGAGACGCCUUCACUGACUGACACACGAGGAGGAUCAAGCAAGCUCCGAGAAGACCGGCGGAUCUUGGCGGAACCGGAGGCUGCGCUGCGAAGAAGGAGCUGCUGUCAACAUGAUGGAGAUCGAACCGAAGACGAAGCAAGUGACGGGCUACUUGCUCUUCUGCGUGUCCACGGCGAUUAUCGGCUCCCUGCAGUUCGGCUACAACACCGGAGUCAUCAAUGCCCCUGAAAAGAAACUGCAGACCUUCUUCAAUGAGACCUGGAUUCAGCGGAAGGGGGCGCCCAUCGACUCCGGCGUGUCCACUGUCAUCUGGAGCUUCACCGUGGCCAUCUUCAACGCCGGGGGCAUGAUCGGCUCGCUCGGCGUGAGUGCCAUAGUGAGCCAAUUCGGGAGGCGGAAAUCCAUGUUGCUCGCGAAUAUCCUGGCCCUCGUUGGAGCCGCCCUGAUGGGCCUCUCCUCUGCGUGCAAGUCCUUCGAGAUGUUGAUUUUGGGACGGCUGGUCAUCGGCACCUUCUGCGGCCUCUGCACCGGCCUGACCCCCAUGUAUGUGGGAGAGCUGGCGCCCACCGCAGUCCGAGGGGCGUUCGGGACCCUGCAUCAGCUGGGUGUGGUCAUCGGGAUCCUGGUGGCGCAGAUCUUCGGUCUGGAAGCCCUGUUGGGCUCGGACUCCCUGUGGCCCCUGCUGCUGGCCGCGACGGCCCUGCCGGCGGUGCUGCAGAGCGUCAUGCUGCUGUUCUGCCCGGAGAGCCCGCGCUACCUCCUCAUCAACCUCAACCGGGAGGAAGAAGCCCACGCCGUGCUGGUGCGCUUGCGAGGGGGCGAGGACGUGAGCGCGGACGUCGAGGAGAUGAAGGAGGAGAGCGCGAAGAUGGCCAUGGAGAAGAAGGUGACCAUCCUGGAGCUGUUCUCCAAUCGCGCCUACAGGCAGCCCAUCCUCAUCGCCAUCGUCCUGCAGCUGUCCCAGCAACUCUCGGGCAUCAACGCGGUGUUCUCUUAUUCCACGGGAAUUUUCGAAAAUGCCGGUGUCACCCACCCCAUCUACGUCACUAUUGGUACUGGAGCGGUGAACACGGUAUUUACUGUGGUAUCUCUGUUUUUGGUCGAGAGGGCGGGACGAAGGACACUACACCUCCUCGGACUGGGCGGGAUGGCCGUCUGCGCUCUUCUCAUGACCGUCUCCCUCCAGUUGGCUGAGGGAACGAAGUCCCUGAACAACCUGUCCAUCGCAGCCGUGUUUGCCUUCGUAGCCAUGUUCGAGUUGGGACCGGGGCCGAUCCCCUGGUUCAUCGUGGCUGAGCUCUUUGCCCAGGGACCGCGUCCUGCCGCCGUGGCCGUGGCCGGCUGCGCCAACUGGACCUCCAACUUCCUCGUGACUCUCACCUUCCCCAAGCUACAGGAGCUCUGCGGCCCCUAUGUCUUCAUCAUCUUCGUCGUCUUCCUGCUUCUGUUCUUCGUCUUCACCUACUUCCGUGUCCCCGAGACCAAGGGGAGGACUUUCGAUGACAUCGCUCAAGGUUUCGCGGGCCCCGCGGACGCGGUCCGUAAUCCCGGCCGAGCCCCGUCCUCGCAGGGCGGCGUGACCCUGCCGGUGUCGCCCACCGCCGACAAAGUUCCGAUGGUGGAAUUCAUUGGCGAGCACCGGACCAAUGCCGUUAGCUCUAAUGCUUAAGCCAAAGGUCAGAUCACAGGGCAGGCGUUAAAAAACAUCACUGUACCUUUAUAGGAUAUAUUUAUGGAUAUGUGUAAUGGGCUCAGAGAGGUGCUAGCACUGACAAAUGGGGUCAAAUAUUUUUAUGUCACUCAAAGUUUUAUAAGUGCAGCAGUCUAGGCAAGUGGGUCCGUGUUGAAAUCUCAGCUGUAUGUGGAUGUAUUAUCAUUAUUAUUAUUAUUUUUAUGUUCAAAAACUAGAAUAUUUAUGCAUAUAUGGUUAAGAGUUAAUGAAAUAUUAUCAACUAUAAAGCCUAAUUAGCAUACCACUGCCAAAGCUUUAGAAGAAAAUAAUACACUCUGAGGUUGAUAGAGAUUUUAGAUUCAUAUUAAAUAACUAUUUAUGUUAUUUUAAAUGUGCGAAAAUGUAUUUUGUAUUCUGAUGUGGAUAUUUUACAGUGUCCAAAGCAGUGAUUUGUAUGUUCUCCGCACAGGGAGACAAAGCCAUCCAUUGUUUUAACCUUUAGCGUAGAUUAUGUUGCUCAAAUCUGAGUAAAACACAUCGUCGGGUUGAUGCAGGUGCUUCGGGACCAUUGGGGAAACUGAACCCACGUGAGGAAAGGACAGAGAAACACAUUUGGAAACUCACGUUAAUGGAUUGCGAAUAGGGAAAAGAGGGGGGGGGACAUUAGGUUACAAAGGUUUUGUGGGAAAUUUUUAAUGGCAAAACUGCUUUCGGUUGCGAUGUUACGAGCAGGUGUCAUAGUUCAGACUGAGCUCAAAAUAAAUCCGUGACUUGAAAAAUUACUAUUUCGUUAUCAUCAAGGCAGCUGGAUGGCUGAAACGUAACAUGCUUUCAUGGUGCAAUAACAUGUUGGUGGUACUUGAAAAAUAUAGAAAUUAAUAAUGUGUUGAGUUUAUUAUAGUUACUGUGGCCCUGGUGUUGAGGGAUCUGUUGGCUUUUGCAUUUCGAGAGAGUUGAGAGAGGCAAGAAAUGCUUUAUGUCUAAAUAUCUUGG